GCAAACGGCUCGCUGUCUUUUCUCAGACGAGCGUUGAUUAGUGCAACUCACGUCAAUCAAACAUCUUACCAGUACCGUUGGCCAGAGCAUGAGACCACCAGACUUUUAGAAAUGCUUGCUUUUGCACAAGGGACCAAAUAUGGCUUCCAAAGGGCAGAUGGCAACAACAUAAAGAAAGAUUGUAUCUUGCUGGAUCAGUAGUAGUUAGCCAACGCUAGAAGAAGAAGAUGCCUCCAGGGACCCUGGCAGUGGUGAAUGCCACUAUGGCCUGGCUCCAGUCUUCUUUGCAUAUCCAUGUGCCCUUCGCCUGGUUGGAGACCUGCGUGGAGUGGGUUCAGGAGGAGGGAGGAGGGGGCCACCUCACACAACAGCAGAUAAACCAACAGGUAUUAGACCAGUGGCUGUUGGGAGAUCUGAGGGACCUCGGCCAUCCUGUCCUCCCGGGUGAUCUGUCUGGGGCCCAAAAGACUGAGCUCACAGGCACGUUUUGUGUUCAGAUGGACUCGCUUCUCGACAUCAGCCAGCCAGCUUACGGCCAGCUGCAAAAAUUGAGAGGCAAGGACUGCACCAAUGAGGAGGUGAAUUCUGUAACCCAGGCAACCCAGAGACCAUGGGAGGCCAGGCCAACCCGCAUGCUGCUCCUACAGGUGACAGAUGGGGUGCAGAACCUGGAGGCAAUGGAGUAUCAGCCCAUCUCUGCUCUCAACACCUCUCUCAGGCCCGGUGUGAAGCUCCAGCUCCAGGGCCAGAUGGUGUGUCGGCUUGGGGUCCUUCUGCUGGGGCCGCAGAACGUCAAGGUCCUCGGAGGCGAGGUGGAGGACUUGGUGGACCGGAACAACCAGGGCAGGGUACUCUGCGGAGCUCUGGGUCUGCCUGCGGAGGAGCAACCUCCUGGAGGAGCUGAAGAGGAGAACGCACCUGCACUGCAGGAAGCGAACCAUGAAAUGGAGGACCUGGACCCGGAUGACCAGGAGCUGUUGGCCAGUCUGGAGGCCCAGGAGGAGCUGGACAGGGCUCAGGCCACAGCGAUUAGGGACAGCGGCUACGGGACAGGCUCCUCUAUCACCACCCAGGCCCACCCUCCAUUUUCCAGGGGCGAAUAUUCAACACAGUCUCAUGGACGCAAUCCUGUCCAAGCCAGAAGAAUAGGUUUGGGUGACCAAGGAGAUUCUGUCCUUUUUGACCCAACAUCCUCCAUAAGAUCAAAUCAAUACGAGGAAGUACCUUUCCCUGAUGAAGACUUCGACGACCUGCCGUUGGAUGAGUUAGACAGCCUGGUCUAUCAAGAGGGUACAAAUGAACCGGCGCGUCUAAACUCCCCACGGGCUCACGAUGAACCAAGAGGUGGGUCCCACAGCUCUGCUCCACCCUCCCUCAGACGGCCCCCAACCCCGGGGCCUUCUGCCUCUGGGUUGGGGUCCAGCCGUAGGGGUGCUGCCAAAAGACUGUUGGGGCCGGGGACCCCUAAACCCUCCGAGUCCUCACCGGGAAUACCUGAAGAGGCCUAUAUCAUCCCGGACGAUCUGGACUUGAUGGACAUGGACUUGGAGUACUGCUUCCAGGAAGAGAUGGACACGCCUCAGACUUCCAGAGGCCUUGGCGUUGCUGUCCUGCCGGCCGUUUCCACGCCGCACCCAGAGUCCACAGAGCGUACCCAGGGACCUGCCAUGCGUUUGAAGGAUAUGCCCUCAACAGACCCAGUCGGUCGCAAUUCGAGACCAUCCUGGAACGUCGACGCCACACUAGCGCUGACCUCUCCUCCGUUCACCUACCUGAGGUUGCUGCAGGCCAAGUUCCCCGGAGCGCCACAACGCCAAGGCACCAGCGUGCGCAUCAAGGCCUUCAUCGUCACCCUGCUGGGCAAACUGACGAGCAGCACGGGCGCCUGGUGCGUCCGGGCCACCGUGUCGGACGGCACCGGCUACCUGGACGUGGAGCUGUCUGACGGGGUGCUCAGCGGACUGCUGGGCUUCACCGUGGCGCAGAAAGGCGCCAUGAGGCGCGAUCCGAGUCGCAGAGGGGAGCUGGACGCCGGCAUGAGCCGGUGCAAGGAGGAGAUGGUGGACAUGUGCUGCGUGAUGACGCUCGGGUUUGAGGAGCAGGGCAGCAAAGCGGUGGUCACCAGAAUAGAUCCCGUGACGGAGGAAGACCUCGGAGCCCUGGAGCAGAGGGUCCGGGGCAGGGAGAAGGUGACAUGAUGGACUGAAACCGGGCAGAGAAGAAUCUUUCAACUGUGCUGGUAGAGCAAUAACCUAUUGAAACGUGUGACCCGGCCUCCGCAUCUGUGAUAAUUGGUAACAAAUCGUGACAUUUACAUUUUAUGCAACGCAUGAAUAAGUAACUCAUUUUUCGAGGGGACAAUUUCAGGGCUCACCGAUGCAUCCAACAAGCGUUUAACCAAUAUGAAAUUUGCCAUGAGCAAAUGAAUUGGCAUUGCACAGCAAUGAACGUAUAAUGGUCCAGUUAAUAAACAUUAAACAUAACUUCAGGCUGUCCAUUCUGUACGUUUGGUGUCACUUAUGCAUGUGUUUUGCCAACUGGUAAUUAUAGGUGUUUUUAUUCAAGGUAACAGUAAUGGGAAUCGGAAGUUCUGAAUGGAGACGUGUCGAGGUGAGUGCAAAAUAAUUGAAAGGGGUAUGAGACCACAUGAGUGCCAGGGAAAGAGAAAAAGAAUUGAUGCGCUGAUUGUUGUAAUGAAUUGGUGGCCUUUGCAUUCACUCAAUACAUCUUUUGCUCCUGUUUGAAAAUGAUUGAAUGUCCAAGGGCAGUAUUGGUCUUUAAUAAACUUGGCCAUGAAAGAAUGAGAGAAUUAGACAUAAAAGGAGAGACCAUGGACCUCUGCUGUUCUCAUUCAAUGUUGAUGUCAUCUGUGAUUUGAGAAUGAUGGUUUUACAUUUAACCGCACCACAGAAACCAUUUCCUACCAAUUUGAUAUUUUGCCUUUAUAUUUUAUGGUUUGUGUAUGUGUGUAGACUCUGUAAACAAAUAAAAAAGUAUCCUUGAAUCUAAA